UGUCAGUGUUGCCAGCAGACCUGUGCGAAACAAAAGCACUUCUCUCCCCACGUUUAACGCCCUCAAAGCACGUCUUAAACCUGUUUCAGUCGUAAAGCUGUCAAAGGGAACAAGGAGUUACGCGUAAAUGUUGCAGAUUACUCAGGAUUAGAGCAGCCCGAGAAAGUUGGGUUCUGUCGUCUUGGCUUUGGUAACAAGAGUAGGAGUGGCUUGGUCCUAAAGCAGAUCGCCAGAUCAGAUUUCACCCAAACCAGCUGUGCGUGUGUAUCUCCCUGUGUGUGUGUGUGUGAGAGAGAGAGGGAGCGUUGCCUUUUCUCCCUACUCUCCCUCUCCGUGUUGUAAGCAAGCUCAACAGAUCAAGAAAGAAAAGGAGGAGUGACGGAGAGAGUUCAAGGGGCUUUCUGAAGGAAUUUUCCUUCUAUUAGGCAAGAAGACAGAAAGUCUACUGAGUCCAGAGAACAACGGCAAGGAUGGAUGAUCAGCCCCGGUUGAUGCACUCCUCUCAUGGGGUGGGCAUGACCGGACACCCCGGCCUGGCGCAGCAUAUGCAGGAUGGCACGGGAGGAGCGGACGGCGAGGGAAGAAAACAGGACAUUGGAGACAUAUUACAACAAAUCAUGACCAUAACCGACCAAAGUCUGGACGAAGCACAGGCGAGGAAACAUGCACUGAAUUGUCACAGAAUGAAGCCGGCUCUUUUCAACGUCCUUUGUGAAAUAAAAGAAAAAACAGUACUGAGUAUCCGCGGAGCUCCGGAGGAGGAGCCACCAGAUGCUCAACUCAUGCGUUUGGACAACAUGUUGCUAGCUGAGGGUGUGUCCGGACCUGAGAAAGGGGGUGGGUCUGUUGCGGCUGCGGCUGCAGCUGCUGCGGCGGGCGGGGCCGGGUCUGACAACUCGGCUGAACACUCAGACUACCGGGCCAAACUGUCCCAGAUCCGUCAGAUCUACCACACAGAACUGGAGAAGUACGAGCAGGCGUGUAAUGAGUUCACCACCCAUGUGAUGAACCUGCUGCGGGAGCAGUCUCGCACUCGGCCCAUCUCCCCAAAAGAGAUCGAGCGCAUGGUGGGCAUCAUCCAUCGCAAGUUCAGCUCCAUCCAGAUGCAGCUCAAGCAGAGCACCUGCGAGGCCGUCAUGAUCCUGCGCUCACGCUUCCUAGACGCCAGACGAAAAAGGAGAAACUUCAAUAAGCAGGCCACAGAGAUCCUAAACGAAUACUUCUACUCCCACCUCAGCAACCCAUACCCCAGCGAGGAAGCGAAGGAGGAGCUGGCUAAGAAAUGCUCCAUUACAGUCUCACAGGUAUCUAAUUGGUUUGGAAACAAGAGGAUCAGAUACAAGAAAAACAUUGGGAAAUUCCAAGAAGAAGCUAACAUGUACGCCGCCAGAACCGCAGCUAGCGCAACCAGCGUCUCCACCCACGGCAGCCAAGCCAACUCGCCUUCCACACCAAAUUCAGCUGGUUCUGCUGGCUCUUUUAACAUGAAUUCCGGGGACUUGUUCAUGAGUGUGCAGUCUCUGAAUGGGGACUCAUACCAGGGGGCCCAAGUGGGGGCCAACGUUCAGUCACAGGUGGAUACUCUUCGCCAUGUUAUCAGUCAGACAGGCGGAUACAGUGAAAGCCUAGCUGCCAGUCAAAUGUACAGUCCACAGGGCAUUAAUGCAAAUGGUGGCUGGCAAGACGCCCCCACACCCUCCUCAGUGCCCUCGCCUACAGAAGGACCUGGGAGUGUCCAUUCUGACACCUCCAACUGAUCAGCACCAUCAUCAUCAUCAUCAUCAUCAUCACAGACCACUGGAUCUUCAGACUGCUCUCACUAAAGAUCCACUACUGUCCACAGAUCGGGAUUAACAUCCCACACAGUCAUACACAAUCAUACUACACCUACUUACCACCGUGGAACAUUUGGGAUACUUUACAAGAGUUUAGAAAACAAUUCUGAAUAAAUAAAAAAAUAAAAAUAAAAAUAAAAAAAAGAACCAUGUGUUUGUACAGUUUUCACAGUGUAUUUUAGGUGGCACAGGAUGACUAACAAACCUGUGACAGUUUCAUUCUUAUGAGGCUAUUGUUAAUGAUGGAACAACCAGUUGAUGUGUUUGAAUUUUAAUGCUUCAUUCUACCUCUCAGCAAAAGAAAAAACAGAAAAAAGAAUAUGAAAUGCGAAAGAGUAGUAUUUGUUUUCUAAAAAAAAACAAUUUUAAUAACAGAUACAACUUCAUCAUGUGUAGUGCUUGAGAGGAAUCUCUCCUUAUCGGUACGUUCAGUCAUAAUUUCCUCUCUUGUUUGCUCAUCACUAGUGACAAUGAUUAUUUUAUUUUUUUUAAACCCAGGAAGUUACGUGAACAUGAUAAAAUUUUUGCAAUUAAAAAUUUACGUGGUGUGUAUCACAUUUGACUGCAGGUUUCCAGUGAAAUGUCCAGCUGGGGGCACCAAAAGUGAGUAAAAGGGUGUCGUAUUCAGACGUGGUUUUAAGGUGUCUUUUAGAUUUUUUAAAACAUACCUCCUUAGCCUAAAACAUUUGCCUGAACCUAACCAGUAGUGUUUUAAAAUAUAAACGAGACAUUUAAAAAAGACAACCUUACCAAAUCAACGCCUAAAUCUAACCAUUAGUGUUCUAAAAUGCAGAAGCGUAAUGAAAAAGCACCUUUUUUGAAGCAACCACCUCAUUUGCUGCUGCUUCUAUGACUCUGACUCAUGGCGGGACUUGAACCGCAGUCCUCCGACUCAAAGUCCAACGUUAGGUGAGCUACCGCACAAGCUAUCUGUGUUGGAAUAAGUGUAUAUGUAACGGAGUUUUUCAAAGGAUGUGUUUGAGUAAAAGUGUGUGGAUAUCAUCAAAUAGCAGGGUCUGAGUAACAGAGAGAAAAAUAAGUAUUAAUAUAAAGUCAUCAUCAGCCAUUUAAGUCAUGAUUUGAGUGAAAGUGAAUAAAACACACAGUUGUUGUAGCGCAUCUAGUGUUCAUUUCACCUGGAAACUGCAGGGAAUUGUACCUGGAGACACGUUUAACAAGUUUUGCAAAAAUGUAUAUAGAGUCAUGUUUUCACAAUGAUCCUGGGUUGUUUUUGUUUUUUUAUUAUUAUUUAUUAUUAUUAUUUUCUAAAGGCCCUCAGAUUUUAUUUUAUUUAAAAUUUUGCCCAAUAAUAACAGAUUUUUCUACAUUAAAGUCUACAUUAAAUCGGAUGUGUGGAGGUUGCCUAUACCAUUUGAAAACUGAUUACCUCAUCAUGUUUUCCCCACAAACACCAUUACAAAAAGUGUCCAUUAAAUUCAUAGUUAAAGGUACACCUUUAUUUUCAGCUGAGAGUGCAAGUCCAAACACAACUCUGUCUUAGAUUUUAUUUGGAGUCAUUUCCUCACUCUGUUUGUUUCUGAGGACACUGUCUGUGAGUCAAUGAAAAUAUAACUGAUUUCGGAAAUGGAGGAAGCAUCAAGUCAUUAUGGUCUAUAAUGACAUUUCCUCCCUGCUUUCACUUCAGAUCACUUUCAAAUGCUCCCUUACUCCCUUAUUCCCCUAAGUAAAGGAAUUUGACAUAAACAGCAAUAUGUUUUGUUUGUUUACAGUAUACAGGCAGGUACCCUUUACUGCCCCAAGUUAUGAAAAACAAGCACUAAUGCUCUUUAUUGUUUUGAAGAAGUGAAAUUAGCUUUAGUAUGUUCCCUUUUUAAGAUUAUGUUUAAGAUAUUGUUCUUUAUUUUUAACAGCCUCUGUUAACUUUAGCAAAGACCUUUAGGAUUUCACCAUAAGGACAUGAGAUAUUGUCUUAUUGUUAUUUUGCCAAUAAUUUAAUGUAAGAGAGCCAACUGUGAGUGUACAGUUUUAGAAACAUUACAGUCAAGUGUUGCUGUUAACCAAAAUCCUUUGUAUAAAUGUUGUAAAAGGAGAUGAAAUAUCAUGCUCAUACAUGCUCAAACAUAAUGAGCUUGUCUCAGUUUUCUGUUGCAUUUAAAAGGAAGUUGAAAUUCAUAUGCAGGCUUGUAUGUGCUAGAACUGCUUAUGGUUAAGUACAAAUCUCAUCUAAUUUCUUUUGAGCAUUUUGUAUUUCUGAUGCCACUGUUUCGAUUGGAAAAUCAUGACUAAUGAAGCUAUUCCACCUAAUUGAAAAAAAUGAUGCUGAAAAAUCCAAUAGUUAACUAAUUUUUGUUGAAAAUAUAUCCCUGUCUGUCAGGGCUCCGGAUAAUGAAGUUUGUUUUGCAGUACAUUGAAUCAGAAUCCAUUUAAAUGGGGAAGUCAUUAAGUUAAUGCGAUUUGGACAUUUCGACACUCACUCUUAGCAGUGUUGAUGCAGGUAACACUAUGUACAACUGUUCAGUCUGUAUGGACCCAUUGCUCCUGAACCCGGAAAUCCAGCAUGUUGGCUUCUGAAAAAGUUCCAAAAACUGACUGGAAUUGAAGCCAGUGAAUCAUCACUGCUCCAAUGUACUGUAUAUGUUUCAAAUAAAAACAGUGUCUUAUAUCA